AUGAGUUCUGCCAUUGAUUUUGGAGAGUACGAGAUAUUGCUGCCCUGUGACUGUGUCAAUGCUGCUUUUACUUUUUCCCGAGAGCUAUUUAGUCGUGAAUAUGUAGUGCAACGGGUGACAAACGAGAUAUUGGCAGUUGUAAUCAAGGAAGAUGAGGCCCAAUGGAAGGGAGUAGCGAGAGUUCACACAGGACACAUAGUCAUUAGCGUGGAUGGCAUUCGAGCUCGUGGCUUGUCAUCUCGUCAAUUUGCUGAGCUUUGGUACCCGCUCGUAACUUCAAGCGACAAUCGCAACAUAUCGUUCAGUCACCGACGUGUCCGUUUUCGUGAUCGUAAACGUGCUGAGCUUGAAAUAGAGAUACAGAAACAGUGGAUGAGUUCAGGACCAAUGCAGUUUUCACCGGUUCAAAAUGAGGCUGAGCUGCAAAGCAAGAUACGAAAAGCUCAUACGUUAAUUUGGGAGCAUCAGCUUACAAAGGCCUAUGAGGUUUUGCAUUCUUUGUCGGCCGGUAGCGACCCGACGGUGUGUUUGCUCGCUGUGGAGCUUGAGGUUGUGCGAGUUUUGGUGUCCAAUGAUACUUUGUACGCAAAGCAGGCUCAGCAUGUGGCGAAUCAGGCAGUUGCUUGGCUCGAGAGUCUAUGUGAGUUGUCUUCGCUGUCAUAUUCAAGUCGAAGGCAGACACAACUAGUUCUUGCUGAGGCUCUCUUUUUGUCGGCAUUAUUACGUCUUGGAUGCGAUCAGCGUUUGGCUGCAAUUGCUACUGCAAGGCGUUGCGCAGCAAUAUACGUCAAGCUGUACGAGAAUUUUUGUACAAAGUUUACCAAGAGAGAUCGGCUAUUGAUGCCUUAUAGCGAGUUGCAAACCUUUCGAAAGCGGAUUUGCUUUGGUAUGGGGGUACUUCACGCUGGCGGUGCAUUUGCGAAUAAGACCACAUUUGAUUGGGUUGGUGCUUUACUAAUAGGCGCGUGUGAUAUAAAGAGAGGGCUGGAGUUUUUAAUCGACUGCAGUAGUAUCAUUGAAGGUAGCCACUGUGUCCAAGCGAACUGGGCUGCUUUAACACUGUUGCACUGUUCUGGGGCGAUUCGGCUCGUGCGACAGCGUAAGAACCAGGGAGUCGGUGACGAGCUUGUUAACGCCAUUAGUGCUUGUAGGCAAGCAGCACUUCAGCGGCAUCCAAAAUCGUUGGUAUUCCUAUGGGUCGAAGCAACUUUAGUAAACUUUGAUGGCGAUCGGCCAAAGCUUCUCGCAGUUGAACUAGCUCGAGCUUCAAAUGACAAUGAGCGCGCACAUCUUGUGCGGUUUGACGUCGGGUAUCGCCACUUUCUAGCUCGCGAGCUUGCAGAUGCAGUACCGCAGUAUAUGGCUAUCUGCAAGUCCGCUAGCGCGCCGGCAAAAUUGCGUGGACUUAGCAGUCUCUUCCUUGCGGCAUGUUAUCUAUUGAAGUCUCAUGAAGCUACAGGUGCGAAGUUGUUAAACUCAGUGCGAAUCCUUCUGCGGUCUGCGCGACGUUUUUUGGCUCUUAGACUGAAGGACAAUGAAGAAGACCUGGAGUCUGCUUCAUUGCACGAACGAUUAGCAGACUACUUGGACAGAAGUGAUGAGCACUUGCAACUUCUUCCGUGGGAAAUUCUGUACGUUUACUGCCAUUCCUCUACAACAAUCAUGACUGCCACCGGCUCGCCAGACGGAGGGCAGCAUCAACAGCAUCUUGCUGCCCUCAAUCAGCUCGAUCGACUAGCCAAUUCGGCACGGACACUAAACGGCGAGACCAGCCAGCAGAUUUACGACGGCGUCGUCGAGGCAGAACUCACUCUCCUUCAAGUCAUCGUUUUAUUCAACUUGCGAGAACUGGACGCUUGCGACAAGCAGCUUCAAAAUCUCUGGAUUGACUUACUUCCCCAAGGGAGUCGUCCAAGAGCAAAUUCUCCAUUUGAUCGUUGGCAAAGUCAGCGGAAGUGUCCUUACCCACCAGCUCCGUUCGUCACUCAAGUAGCUUGGUUCUAUCAGUUACGACUGCUUCUUGAACGCAAAUGUUCCAGAUCAACGCUCAAGUCCAUCGAAAAUACCUCUGCGGACACCCUGGGUUUUCUAAAGUAUGGCAAAACGACUUUGCAGGACCCCAUUUCAAGUUUUCCGAGCACUGCGCAGCAACUAGUGUAUCCUUACCACUACAUUUAUAACGGAAAAGUGCAGGCCUUAAGCAAACUGAUAACUCGGCUUGCGAAUAACAAGAUCGACACCAAUUGCAGCAGCAGUCCUAUAUGUACUUAA